GUUCGUGAGCCUUUGACGCGACGCGAUCAUCUUUUACGCCGCUACCGGUUAAUUCUCGUGUUUCGAAGCACGGAUCGGACAGACUCGGAAUUUACGGUGGCGCGCGCUCAACCCGGCAAUGCCGAAGGGAAGAAAAGCGGAUCGGUCGAAGAGGAGGUAGGGGAGCGGCGGGCAACGGUGUAGAAUAAAGGAUGCCCCGGUGGUUCGACCGACCGCGAGAAUACCGGCACGGCGACGAUACGGAGAGCCGAGAACGACCGAGAAAAGAUCCUGAAAGGCGCAAGAGCUAAGAAUAUAUUUUAAGAAUUUGGGAGCUGAAAUAAGUGAAGAAAAAUCUCCUAAAGGAAUAGAAGAUGAUUUACAUAAAAUUAUUGGUGUUUGUGAAGCUUGCUUCAAGGAAGGAAAUGAAAGUGAAAUAGAAACAGUCUUAAAUGACAUUGUAUCUAUUAUGAUUGUGAUCCCCACUGAACGUGCAGAAAAUUUAAUAUUAGCAUUUUGUGAGAAAUUAACAAAAGCUCCUGGAUAUAAACUUGGUUUAGUAUGUCUAAAAGCAUUGUGGUUAUUAUUUCAAUCUCUUCCUGAUGACUCUCCAAUGAGAUAUCAUGUCUAUUAUCACUUAGUUCAAAUUGCUCGCAAUGUGGAUCAAGUAAAAGCUGUGUAUGGUGGAAUAGAUCAAUUAAAGCAACAGUUUGCAUCACUUCCACCAUCGAAUGAACAAAUGCAGAAAUUACUUCGGUUACUUCAUGAAGUACUUUUAAGUUGCAAACAGGGGGAACAAGCUGCUGCUGUUAUGGUAGAACUUUUAGGUACAUAUACAGCAGAAAAUGCUUCUGCAGCUAGAGAAGAUGCACAACGUUGCAUUUUAGCUGCAUUGGCAGAUCCAAAUACAUUCUUGCUUGACCCAUUGUUAGCAUUAAAACCUGUAAGAUUCUUGGAAGGGGAACUCAUUCAUGAUUUACUUCUUGUCUUUGUACAAGACAAGUUACCUGCAUACUUAGAUUUUUAUCAACAUCAUAAGGAAUUUGUAGAACAUCAACUUGGAUUAAAUCAUGAGCAAAACAUGAAAAAAAUGAGACUACUAACAUUUAUGCAACUAGCAGAAACAAACCCUGAAAUGUCAUUUGAUACAAUUCAGGAAGAAUUACAAAUUAAUGAAGAUGAAGUGGAAAGUUUUAUUAUUGAUGUAUUGAAAACGAAACUUGUUAGAGCUCGUAUGGAUCAAGCUGGUCGCAAAGUUCUCAUUUCAAGUACCAUGCAUAGAACAUUUGGCAAACAACAGUGGAUGCAACUACGCGAUUUACUUGCAGCCUGGAAAGCAAAUUUAACUGCUGUACAAGAGGGUAUGAAAUCUGUAGCUGCUGCACAAAUGGAACUUGCUGGAAAAAACAAAACUUCUAUUACCCAUUGAUGACAUUUAACUUCUGUAUAUGUAAUUUAAAAUUUGUGCAUACAAAUAUUGAUUGGAAAUCAAGUUUAAUUAAUUUCUUAAUUAAUUUCCAACCUUACUUGAAUAAAUAAAUAUGCGCCGCGUGGUACAGUA